UCUAAAUCUGCGCGUUCACACUGGUAUGGCCAGUGUCCGUGUAACACACAUAUUUCCCUGAACAUCUUGUGUGAAUUUACAAAAAGGGGACCGUUAUCAGGCCUUCAACAAUGGCAGACAUUAAAAACUUCCUCUAUGCUUGGUGUGGAAAAAAGAAGAUAACCCCAAACUAUGACACCCGAGCAGCUGGAAAUAAAAACAGACAGAAGUUCACUUGUGAGGUGCGCAUUGAGGGUUACAGUUACAUCGGCAUGGGAAACUCCACCAACAAAAAGGAUGCCCAGUCCAAUGCUGCCCGAGAUUUUGUGAAUUAUCUUGUCCGAACAAAAGAGAUAAAUGCUAAUGAAGUUCCUGCUAUAGGGGUCAGUGUGCCUGAUGGAGGAAGUGGUGGUGGUGGUGGUGGUGAAGGUGAGUUUGGAAAUCUCCCAUCCAACUGUCCACUACCUCCACAUCUGGCUGUGAAGAAAGAACCAGGUGUACGACUUAAUGAACCUCAAGUUUCUGCACCUGUCCCCGGAGUCACAGGUUUGGGCUACUCAGGUUUUGGUAAUGCUCAAUGGGAGAGAGGAGCUAACCUGCAAGAGUACUUCUCCAAGAGAGAUGAGCAGGAGGCCAAAGCAACUUUAGAAUCGGAGGAGGUUGAUCUGAACGCUGGCUUGCAUGGGAACUGGACUCUGGACAAUGCAAAGGCUCGUCUGAACCAGUUCUUUCAGAAGGAGAAAAACCAAACUGACUACAAAUAUAGCCAAGUGGGGCCUGACCACAACAGGAGUUUUAUUGCUGAGAUGACACUCUUCGUGCGACAGCUGGGUAGAAAGAUUUUUGCCCGUGAACAUGGUUCUAAUAAGAAGAUGGCCGCCCAGUCUUGUGCACUGUCCCUGGUCCGUCAGCUUUACCAUUUGGGGGUUAUAGAAGCUUACACAGGGCAGACCAAGAAGAAAGAAGGAGAAAGUGUGGAUGUAUAUGAAGUAAAUCUUAGUGAUGAUCUUCAGCAACAAGUGCAAAGUAUUGUGCAGGAACUUGGCAUCCAUAUCCCUCCACCUCCUCAGGACCCCAACAGUCCAGUUUCUCUAGUGCAAGGGAAGUUAGCACACUUUGAGCCUUCACAGAGGCAGAGCAUGGCAGGAGUGGUGCCGUGGUCUCCUCCACAGGUGAACUGGAACCCAUGGACCAGUUCCAACAUCGAUGAAGGACCGCUGGCAUUUUGCACCCCAGAACAGAUCAGUGGAGACCUGCAGCAUGAGCUGAACUAUCAACUUGAGCAGGACAACAACCUACAGACGAUUCUAAAGGAGCGAAGUCAGCUUCCAGUGAAGAACUUUGAAAAAGAAAUCCUGUCCGCCAUCCACAAUAACCCAGUGGUCAUCAUCCGUGGAGCCACAGGCUGUGGAAAGACCACCCAAGUUCCUCAAUACAUCUUGGACGAGUUUAUACAUAGAGGCAAGGCAGCUGAAUGCAAUAUCGUUGUUACACAGCCGAGACGGAUCAGUGCGGUGUCAGUGUCAGAACGUGUGUCCUUUGAGAGAGGAGAGGAGGCGGGGAAAAGCUGUGGGUACAGUGUGCGCUUUGAGUCUGUCCUACCCAGACCUCACGCCAGCAUCCUCUUCUGCACAGUUGGUGUGUUGCUAAGGAAGCUUGAGUCUGGUAUCCGUGGUAUCAGUCAUGUGAUUGUGGAUGAAAUCCAUGAGAGGGACUUAAAUUCUGAUUUCCUGUUGGUAGUGCUGAGAGAUGUGAUCCAGGCCUACCCUGACGUGCGCAUCAUCCUUAUGUCUGCCACCAUUGACACCACCAUGUUUAGGGAAUACUUUUUUAACUGUCCUGUCAUCGAGGUGCAUGGACGUGCACAUGCCGUACAAGAGUAUUUUCUGGAAGACUGCAUCCAGAUGACCCAAUUUGUACCACCACCUAUAGAUAGGAAGAAAAAAGAUAAAGAUGAAGAGGGGGGUGACGAAGAGGUGAACUGUAAUGUUAUCUGUGGACCAGAGUAUACUCCAGAGACCAAGCGUGCCAUGUCUCAACUGAAUGAGAAGGAAACUCCAUUUGAGCUGAUUGAGGCUUUGCUGAAGUACAUUGAAACGCUGCAAGUGCCUGGAGCUGUGCUGGUCUUCCUGCCAGGCUGGAACCUCAUCUAUUCCAUGCAGAAACAUCUGGAGAUGAACCCGCACUUCGGUGGUCAUCUUUACAGAAUCCUGCCACUCCACUCUCAGAUCCCCAGGGAGGAACAGAGGAGAGUGUUCGAACCUGUCCCUGACGGUGUGACUAAGGUGAUUUUAUCCACCAACAUCGCAGAGACCAGCAUCACCAUCAACGAUGUGGUCUUCGUCAUCGACUCCUGCAAACAGAAAGUGAAGUUGUUCACCUCUCACAACAACAUGACAAACUACGCCACAGUAUGGGCCUCCAAGACCAACCUUGAGCAGAGAAAGGGACGAGCUGGUCGAGUCAGACCAGGCUUCUGCUUUCACCUGUGCAGCAGAGCUCGUUUUGACAAGCUAGAGACUCACUUGACUCCAGAAAUCUUCCGCACUCCACUGCAUGAGGUGGCCCUCAGUAUUAAGCUACUGAGACUGGGUGCCAUUGGGCAGUUCUUGUCUAAAGCCAUUGAGCCCCCUCCAUUGGAUGCUGUUAUUGAGGCAGAACAUACACUUAGAGAGCUGGAUGCUCUAGACUGUAAUGAUGAGCUGACUCCAUUGGGACGCAUUCUGGCCAAACUGCCAAUUGAACCUCGUCUGGGAAAGAUGAUGAUCAUGGGAUGCAUUUUUAAUGUUGGAGAUGCAGUGUGCACCAUCUCAGCAGCAUCCUGUUUCCCUGAGCCCUUCAUCAAUGAGGGCAAACGCCUCGGCUUCGUCCAUAGGAACUAUGCUGGCACACGUUUUUCAGACCACGUGGCUUUACUCUCUGUCUUCCAGGCCUGGGAUGAAGUCAGAAUGGGAGGUGAGGAUGCAGAAAUCCGGUUUUGUGAACACAAGAGGCUGAACAUGCCUACUUUGAGGAUGACCUGGGAGGCCAAGGUCCAGCUGAAAGAUAUCCUUGUCAACGUGGGCUUUCCUGAAGAGUGCCUCAUGAAUCAAAUGUUUAACAAUGUGGGACCAGACAAUAACUUGGAUGUGGUGAUCUCUCUACUGACAUUUGGCUCUUACCCCAACGUGUGUUACCACAAAGAGAAAAGGAAGAUUCUGACUACAGAGGGCCGAAAUGCACUCAUUCACAAAUCCUCAGUCAACUGUCCUUUCAGCAACCAUGAUAUGAACUACCCAUCUCCCUUCUUUGUCUUUGGGGAAAAGAUCCGAACUAGAGCCAUCUCAGCCAAAGGAAUGACUCUUGUCAGCCCUCUUCAGCUGAUUCUUUUUGGCUCAAAAAAGAUCACCUCCAAUGGGGAAAUUGUUGAGCUUGAUGAGUGGAUCAAAUUGCAGAUUCCCCAUGAUGUAGCUGGUGGCGUGGCAGCCCUUAGGGCAGCUAUGGAAGCCCUGGUGGUGGAGGUAACCAAAGACCCAGAAUACAUCAGAAAUUUGGAUCCCCUCAAUGAGCGCUUGCUGAACGUCAUACGGCUUGUGUCUAGACCCUCGUCGGCGGGCAUCAACCUCAUGGCCACCAACCAACGCUUUGGAGAUGGUCCAAGGCCACCCAAGAUGGCCCGUACUGACUUUGGAGGAGGUGGAGAGUUUAGGGGCCGAGGUGGAGGAGGAUACAGAGGAGGUGGUGGGGGUGGAUCCUGGUCUGGUGGAGGAUACAGAGGAGGUGGAGGCUACCAGGGUGGUGGAGGAGGCUUUAGAGGGUCGGGAGGGUAUCGUGGUGGUGGGGGUGGAUACAGGGGAUCUGGAGGAUACGGUGGUGGUGGUGGUGGUGGAUACAGGGGGGGUGGAGGAUAUGGAGGGAGGGGAUUCAGAGGAGGUUGGGGAGGAAACAGGGGUGGUAAUAGAGGUGGCUUUUAAAGCUGGAUGUUUGAGCAUGUGUCCAUGAAUACAAGUAUCUUUUGGGGGUAUAAAAGUAUGUUUGGGUUUAGUUGUCAGUUGUUUUUUUUUUGUUUUUUGUUUUUGAUUGCUCAAUCUCUUGAUUGAAACUUCUCUUAACUUUUCUUUAAUGUUAUUUGUUAAAAAAAAAAAAAAAAAAUCAUGAAAAAUAUUAACAGUAAAAUUAACCAGUUGACCUAGUAGCUGUUGUUACCCAUGUUUUUUGGUGGACCUUUGGUGUUUCUGAUACUAUAUCGUUUAAUAAACAUUACUUUAGGGGAAAAUAAUUCAAAUAAAUUUGAGAGCAACAACAUAUUUUCCUUCUGUGAGAACAGUAAUGAAACCCUAUUUCAUUGUCAGUUUCCAUUAUUAGACGAUGACUCAAAUUUCCACAGUGGGGCUUCACUAUGGAGAUUUGAGUAACCUCUAAUUCAGAGUAGCAUCAUAAUUUUUGAUCAAAAUGAGGCUGUGAGGUAUUGACUUGCAGUCUUUUCAAUGGCAUGCACCAUAUUAAGCUGUAUAAACUAGUUUUCUGGUGUUUUUUGAAAAGUUUAUUUUUUUAUUUUUAUUUUUUUUUCAGCAGCUGAACCAAAAAACCUAGUUUAAACAAGUAACUGUACAGCCCAUUUAAAGAGACUGUAAGUCUAUCCCUUUCAGCCUUUUUUUCAUUCCUGACAGAAAUGUACCACUACUCUGAAUAAGGUCUGUGAUGAAACUUGACAAUAACAUGUAUUACCUUGCCCAUGCUGAUGUUCAUGCUGAGUAAGCAUUUGACACCUCUGUUUGAUUUUGUUCCCUCUGGGAUGCAACUGCAAUCCUCCAUUGCAUUAGCUACCUUGGCCGUUUUCAGGCAUCACAUUGUUCACCCUUUAGCCAUGGAUAUGAUAGUUAUUUUGAGUUAAGGAAAGAUCUUUCAGAAGACAAACCAUCGUCUUUGAUAACUCCAAAAAAACAUUUUAACCCUUGUGCACUGUUCAGUCCCUUUUGACUGAAAUCAAUAUUUUUUCUUUAAUAAAAAUGGUGUACUUCAUCUGA